AUGUCGGAAUCCAAGAGUUCUCUUCUUGCUGACGAUCGAAUCUGGUACGACCAAUUUACCUCGACCGACUGGGUCCACGAUAGUAUUGCAGAUGCCUACCGAAUUAAACAAUUACGGAGUCGGAAGGGAGUUUGGGGCAGGCUGGUUGCCUUGUUUGAUGGCGCUCAAGGCUGGAUACUGAGUGCGGUUGUUGGCGUUCUAGUCGCGCUUGUCGCCUAUUGUGUAGAUGUAGCUGAGACAACCAUAUUCGACUAUAAGGAAGGCUAUUGCGCCCGAGCCUGGUAUUUGAGAGAGAAGAGGUGCUGCCCUCACGGUCCGUGUACUGAUUGGCGAUCUUGGUCCGAAGUACUCGGCGGUCACCCCUUCGGCGAGGUUUGGACCGAAUUUGGGGUUUAUGUCAUCGCCGUCCUUGUACUCGCGGUGCUAUCAUGCCUACUUACUCUAACCACCAAGACCGUAAUCCCUUCAGCUUACCGAAUGUCAACUUUGGAUGAGAACUUGGCCGCCGAGUCUUCCCAACAGCAAGAAGAAAACCAUACCGAUAACGAUGACAGCGAAAGUAUCAGUCCCAGAGCAGUUCGGCGAACACCAGUCGAUCCACCACCACCUAUGGUGUACUAUUCUGCAGCUGGCAGUGGUGUCGCCGAAGUUCGCGUUAUUCUUAGCGGAUUCGUCCUGCACGGCUUUCUUGGUGCCAAGACUCUCAUCAUCAAAUCCGCCGGUCUGAUUUUGAGUGUGGCCUCUGGCCUAAGCCUCGGUAAAGAAGGCCCUUAUGUCCAUAUUGCAGCUUGUAUUGGCAACAUUUGCUGUCGAAUGUUCUCUAAGUACGAUCGUAACGACGCCAAGAGGCGUGAGGUAUUAUCUGCCGCAGCAGCGGCGGGUAUUGUAGUGGCAUUUGGAGCUCCUCUUGGUGGCGUUCUAUUCGGUCUUGAGGAGGUGGCUUAUUACUUCCCGGCCAAGACGCUUUUCCGUACCUUCUUUUGCUGCAUUGUAGCCGCUCUGUCUUUGAAGUUCCUCAAUCCGUAUGGCACUCACAAGAUCGUCAUGUUCGAGAUACGGUACAAAAUAGACUGGGAAUGGUUUGAAUUAUUCGGAUUCAUCGUUGUAGGAAUACUAGGCGGUGCUAUCGGCGCCUUUUUUAUCAAGGCCUCACGUCGCUGGGCCCUAUCGUUCCGCAAGAUUCCCGUCAUCAAGAAAUAUCCACUCUUUGAGGUCGUCCUGGUAGCGCUGGUAACGGGACUCAUAGGAUAUUGGAAUACCUUGACGAAACUUCCGGUGGCGAAGCUUCUUUUGAACCUCGCUGCACCGUGCCAAGACGACAGUCGAGAUUCUGAAUUAGGGUUGUGCCCAUCAGAUAUCGAUGACAUACCCGGUAUUAUUCGAAACAUUCUUGCUGCGUUCGUCAUCAAGACGUUUUUGACUACCAUUACGUUCGGAAUUAAGGUGCCUGCAGGCAUCUACGUUCCAUCUAUGGUUAUCGGUGGCCUCAUGGGUAGAGUUGUUGGCCAUCUAGUUCAGUGGAUAGUACUUCGGUUUCCGCACUGGCGCAUCUGGGGUUCCUGCCCGCUCCUUCAAGCAUCUACUUGUGUUCAACCUGGUGUGUAUGCACUCAUUGCUGCAGGCUCAACAAUGUGUGGCGUGACGAGGCUGUCUGUCACUCUCGCGGUCAUCCUUUUCGAACUUACAGGAAGCUUGGACUACGUCCUCCCCUUUUCCCUGGCCAUUCUCGUCGCUAAGUGGACAGCGGAUGCGCUGGAGCCGCUUAGCAUUUACGACCUCCUUACUAAUAUGAAUGCCUUACCAUACUUGGAUAACAAACAUAAACCGGUAUUGACCUCCGACUUUGCUGAUAUCGUGCCCCGUGUUCGCCGAGAGCGUCUGAUUGAUAUCAGCGACUCACCGUUGGUUCCAGCCACGCAACUCCGCAGCCAACUCGAGCUGCUUCAUCGAGCCGGCGAGUUAGAUGGAGGGUUGCCAAUCGUCAGGGAUGAUAUACUUGUCGGUCUGAUCCCAGCUCCUGAUUUAGAAUACGCUUUAGACAACCUUGAGGACGAAAGUUCUAGCCUUUGCCUCAUGACGAAUAUACCGACCCUCGACGAGGACGAGUCUCCGGAGAGAGAUCCCACUGAUUUCACGCCCUAUAUAGACCCGGCCCCUUUUGCUCUAGAUAUCAAUUCGCCGAUGGAUUUUGUGUACGAAUGCUUUGCGAAGCUCGGGUUACGAUACAUCUGCGCGUUGAGAGACGGAUGUUAUGCCGGAAUGACCCAUAAGAAGCGAUUUGUAAAGUAUAUGCGCGAGUUAGAGGAGAAGGAGCAUAACCGCCACUAA